AUGCUGCCCCCACCAUCACCCACCGCUGCCGCCAACCGUCGGAGCCACCACCCACCACCGACGUUCACCACCAUCUACCGUCGCUGCCACCCCCAUCGACGUCCACCACCGCCUAUCGCCGCGGCCACCACCCACCAUUGGCGUUCACCACCACCCACCAUUGCCGCCACCCACCUCCGACUCCGUCGCCUCCACUACCCACCACCAACACUACCACUACCACUACCGCCACCCACCCCUCCGCCACCUAUUACGACCCACCUUCACCACCACUGCCACCGACCACCAUUCCACCACAACCACUCUACCGAUUUUAUUCAUUCGUUUGUUUUUGUCCACCGAACAACACAAAGUAAUGAUUUAUUCCAUUUCUACAUUGUAACCAAACAAGACAAGGAAUGA